AUGAGUGACGGCUCCUCCAUCAUAUCGUCUACCGCCGAGCAACCUCCGACUGUAAACCCGGGUGGUAGUGGGAGUGGGAAUGUGAUUACGAGUAAACCUUCAUUUCCUCCUACACCUUCACGGACAACAUCUCAACUAUCAAUAACGUCAAUCGGUGUUCAAGGUCAUCUCUCACCUCCUUCAAGUACGACAUAUAGUCGAAGAAGAAGAUCGCACUCUAAUCCUUCUCCUUCCGCUGAACCAAAUGCGAAAACCGAUCUCACUCCCAAUGAUAUUACACCUACAAAACGUCAUCAUAAUCCACGACCAAAAGGUUUAUUGAACGCUUCUUCUUCAAACAGCUCAUUGAGAUCUAAACCCUCCGUCUCAACUUGUACUUCCCCUUCAUACUCGUUCUCGAGAACGAAUUCUUCGUGUGAUGGUACCGAGACGAUUUCAGGGUCCAAUACACCUAAUACAGGCAGAGCUCCAAAUCCCUUUGACCUCUUAUCAAAGGGUAAUAAUAAUGGUAGUAAUGGGUCACGACAUGGCACAAGAAGUGGAAGUGGGAGUGGGAGUGGCAGUACAACACCGACGAGAAAAGGAAAAGAAAGACAGAAUCAUGAGAUGGAAAUAAACGUGAUAGAAGUAGAAGGUGAACUGUCUUUAUCUACUGAUGAUGUCAGAAAGGGACUCAGGGAUCUAGUGAGGAGGAAUACUGUAACUGCCGGUGAAGCAGGUGAAGAUGCGGAUGGUCAAGAUCAACUGACCAUCGAGGAUAUGAAAGACACAAAAGAUGAUCCACAUAUUCUCGAAUCCACUGAACAAAACAAAACGGAAAUAAAAGAAUAUACACCUAGGAGAUAUUACGUUUUAACCAAUGCUGGUAAACCAGUAUUCUCUUCCCAAGAUAAAUCGUCUGAAGAUAAUAUAACCAACUUGAUGGCCAUUGGGUCUACUUUAAUUUCAAUUUUCCAAGAAGACGAUGACAAGAUAAGAUGUAUCAUCAAAGGUAAAACUAGAAUUGGCUUUUUACUGAAAUCACCUUUGUACUUGUUCGGUGUGAGCGAUUGGGGAGAACCAGAACAUAUUUUACGAUCACACCUCGAAUAUAUCCAUCUUCAUAUCUUGUCUGUGGUGUCAUCAACUCAAUUAUCGAGGGUAUUUCAAAGACGAAGUAACUAUGACUUGUCAAGAUUACUGGAUGGCUCAGAGACUUUCCUGAACAGACUUAUCGAGAGAUCGCAAUACGAUUUCACAUAUCUUACAGCGACCCUGCAACCACUGAGAAUGAAUCCAGCUACAAGAGAUAUGGCAGGUGCUGCUUUGAUGCCUCCUAGCAAGUUCAACGACUUGCUGUAUGUACUGUUGAUUGCAGAUGGACAUAUUGUCACUUUAUUAAGACCUAGAAAACAUGCUGUUCAUCCUUCCGAUCUUCACCUACUGUUGAAUACACUCGCAUCAUCAUCGACCCUUCGUUCUUCCGAAACUUGGUUACCUAUUUGUUUCCCCAAGUUCAAUCCAGCAGGCUUCGUCCACGCUUACAUAAGUUAUGUCACUGAGAAUGUGGGGUUAGUGUUUGUCAGUGCAGACAGAGAAGCUUUUGAGGAUUUGAGAGGAUGGAAGAGUAUAGUUCUUGAUAAAUUGGAACAUGACAAGACUCUUACGAGGAUCACAGACGCGAUUCCACUACAUCCAUACACAGUCUCCGCCAUUGGUUGUCCCGGUCUUCGUCAUUUUAUCUAUAAAUCAAGACAGUACAUUCAAAUCACUCAACCGGAAUGGGAAGCUCCAUACAUUGAAGACAGCGUUGAUCGCAAGCGUCUUAUAACGCUAUACCAGAAAUUACAUGAUGCUAUUCACGCUCGUUCAGGACAAUCACAAUCUUUCAAAUUGGUCUACAUCCGCACUGAGCACGAAGCAUGCUUAGCAUGGUUGACCAAACCGUUCGAGUUGUAUUUGACAGUCUCGCCACAACUUUCGAAAUCUGCAGUUGUAGCCACCGCCAAUUCCGUAGCUAAAUGGGUUUUAGCCGAAGAAGGCAGAGUGUUCUUGAAAGAUGCGCCUGUAUUCUAG